AUGAGUGAAUAUCGUAGUACAAUAUCGGCACGACCCGGUUACAACCGUAUUAGUUCAACAACCAGUUCAAGUACUUUUGGAGGGCUUCCAUCCGGUAAUCGAGUAGUGAAAGUGGUAACAGAAAUGAGUUCUUCUUCACUGACCAGUGGUAUGUCACCGUUUGGUCAGAAUGCUGCAUCCACCAUUCGUGACGCUCGUGAACGAGAGAAGAAGGAAAUGAGUGAUUUAAAUGAUCGUUUAGCUGAUUAUAUCGAGAAGGUACGUUUUUUGGAAGCACAGAACCGUAAACUGAAUGCUGAUUUGGAUAUGUUACGUGGACGAUGGGGAAAGGAUACGUCGAGUAUUAAAAUAAUGUUCGAGGGAGAACUUUCUGAGGCUCAAAAAGUGAUCAGUGAUACAGGAAAACAACGAGAUGAGCUGGAGAAACAAAUUAAGAAAAUGCAGGAAGAACUGGCGGAGUAUCCGACAAAGGCUCGUCUGUCUGACCGUGACAAAAUUGAUGAGCUCUUGGUUGCACUAUCAAAUAUUGAAGCUGAAAUCAAUCUUCUGCGUCGACGAAUUGCUCUGCUAGAAGAAGAAAUUUCACGAAUAAAAAAAGAAAAUCAGCGCCUUAUAGGCGAAUUACAGCGGGCACGAACAGAUCUGGAUCAAGAGACAUUAAAUCGGAUUGACCAUCAAAACCAAGUGCAAACACUUCAAGAAGAGAUUGAUUUCAUUCGUCGUGUGCAAGACCAGGAAAUUCGUGAUUUACAAGCAAUGGCAGCACGCGAUACCACUAGCGAGAAUCGUGAAUUUUUCAAAAAUGAGCUCUCAUCGGCAAUUCGUGACAUCCGUAAUGAAUAUGACCAGAUGACAAGUGCCAAUCGUAACGAUAUGGAGUCGUGGUACAAACUGAAGGUGCAAGAAAUUCAAACGCAAUCAGCGCGUCAAACUAUGGAGCAAGGUUAUCAACGGGAAGAAGUUAAACGACUGCGUAUACAACUAGGUGAUUUACGAGGAAAGUUGGCGGAUCUGGAAGGAAGAAAUUCAUUACUGGAGAAGCAAAUUCAAGAAUUAAAUUUCCAACUUGAAGAUGAUCAGCGUUCAUAUGAAGCGGCGCUUAAUGACCGCGAUGCACAAAUUCGUAAAAUGCGUGAAGAAUGUCAAGCGUUGAUGGUUGAACUGCAAAUGUUACUGGACACAAAACAGACUUUGGAUGCCGAGAUAGCAAUUUAUAGAAAAAUGUUGGAAGGCGAAGGUGAUGGGCCAGGCCUAAAACAACUGGUUGAACAAGUGGUUCGUACUACAGGCAUCAAUGAAGUUGCAGACACUGAAACAAUGCGUGUGGUGAAAGGUGAAACAUCUUCUCGUACAUCGUAUACCCGCUCAGCCAAGGGUAAUGUUUCCAUUCAGGAAACAUCACCGGAUGGUAAAUUCAUCAUCCUUGAGAAUACACAUCGUUCGAAAGAGGAACCAAUUGGCGAAUGGAAACUGAAGAGAAAGAUUGAUGGAAAACGUGAAAUUGUUUAUACACUUCCAAGAGACUUCAUAUUAAAACCGAGUAAAACCGUCAAAAUUUGGAGCCGUGGACAGGGAGGAGUUCAUGCACCACCUGAACAGCUUAUCUUCGAGAGCGAAGAGUCAUUCGGAGUGGGAAAUAAUGUGCAAACGAUCCUUUACAAUAAGGAGGGCGAGGAACGAGCAACUCACAUUCAACGCUCGAGCCAAACAGUAAGCUAA